UAUGAUCUAAUUAUUUGUACUUUCGAUUUAUUUAACAACAUUAGUGAUUCUUCGAUAAAUUUAUUGCAUUUUCAAAUAUAAUACAAACGUUUCUCGCAACCAUAAUAUUGUGUUAACUAUUGAAUUAACUGAAGCCAAGGUGUACCGUAACAAUCGAUUUCCUUGUAAUCGAUAAGUCCUAGCGGUGUCGGUUGUGCGGCUUCGUCCCGCGUUUUCACGUGGACGCGUUUAUACACGAUCAGUCGGGGACGUGAUUUUGACCGGAAACGUUUGUGAUACAGAAUCGAAAGUUGUCAAUCGGAUACAGUGCGAAUCGAAUGUUUACAUUGUAACGGCGACGGACAGAUUCGACAGUCGGCGAAUUGCGACGCGUGCAGUUCCUUCGGGAUAACUUGAGGAUCUAUUUUCGCCGUUGAAAUGCGCGCGGGAACACGUUCGCGGCGGGUUUCUCGAACCGUAGUGCUUUAGUACGGCCAGUCUCUCCGCUUCGUGCAGAACUUCGCCGAUCCCGGAAUAGUUUUCGGCGGUUGCUCCGUUAAAGUUUUUCGUGUGGCCGUCGCACAGGCCAAUCUGCAGUCGUUUGCUCGCGAUUUUACCGUACAUAACCCCGAAAACAGUUGUGUGUGAAUCGGUCAACUCCGCGUAAAAGUAUCGUUUCUCGAUUUCUUUCGGACGGUUCGCUUGCUUUAACGGUCGUUCACCCUGGAAGCUGAUACGGAGAACACGAGGAUGGAUGCCACGGACGUCCUCGGUCCUGACGCUUCGUCGGGAAACGACGAGGGUGUUCUGAACAACAACGAAAACGAUGAUGCGCCUACCGUUGAGGAGACGUACGAGGUCACCACCACGAAGCGUAAAACCAUUCGGACCAGCUAUAAGAUCCAAGAAACUUCUGCAUCAACCAAAACAACCACCAUGACUACUGCAGCUAAAUUAUAUGGCAAAGAUCUGAGUGAAUACGAUGAUGUUGAUGUGGAUGAAUUAUUGGCACAACUGACUCCAGAGGAAAUUAAUAUGUUAGCCAAGGAAGUGGAUCCCGACGACAGUUUUAUGCCACCAUCACAACGUUGUAGUUACGAAUGUGACAAGAGUCCAACAGGACCGCUAAAUCGUAAGAAACUAAUUGAACACAUCAACAAACAGGCUUUAGAGACACCAGAUAUACCAGAAUUAAAGCCCUAUGUUCCUGGUGUUAUUAGAGGCAAGAAGUGGGUUCCACCACCUCAAGAAACGGUAAAAGAAAAAGAAGCAGACGAACAAAUUGCUAUUGAUCUUGGAGAUGAAUAUGAGCAUGCAUUAUCAAAUGCUACUCAAGAAGAAAUCAUUGAUCUUGCUGCUAUUCUUGGAUUCCAUUCCAUGAUGAAUCAAGACCAGUAUCAUGCCUCUCUGUUAAAUUCUGGCCAGCCUGUUGGUUUGGGUUGGGAUGGAAUUACCAAAGCUAGUCAACCAAAACCUUAUCCAAUGGAACCACCUAACGAUACAGAUGUUGAUGCUACUAUUAAACAAGUUCGAGAAGAUGAUGUCUCAUUGACUGAUUUAAAUUGGAAUAACAUUAAAAACAUAUCCGACGAAAAAUUCGUUCAGCUGUUCGAAGGACUGGAGAUGAAUACACAUCUCGAAUCAUUAAGUUUAACGAACGUGGGACUUACCGAUAAGACUGCACAAAGGUUGGCAGAAGCCUUAGAGAAGAAUUCUACGCUCAGAGUACUCAAUGUGGAAACAAACUUUAUAAGCCCAUCUGUGAUAGUGAGGCUCAUUAGAGCACUACUUAAAACGAAAUCAAUAGAAGAAUUUCGAUGUUCGAAUCAGAGGUCACAGGUAUUGGGAAAUAAAAUUGAAAUGGAAAUCACACAAUUGGUAGAAGAAAACCCAACGUUGCUACGACUUGGCCUUCAUUUGGAAUUUAACGAUGCUAGACAUCGUGUGGCUGCACAUCUGCAACGCAACAUUGAUAGGAAUGGGAGCAAUUGUAUGGGGGACCAUGGAGAUCAUAUGACGAAAUGCUUCUAACUCUUCCGAAUCUGCUUCGUAGUCUUACAUAGCGCUUUAUUAGCACAUCAUCAUUCAUCCAUUCAUCCCGCUAAAUUCAUUUAUUAUUUUUCUAGCUAGUGGCAUAGAGGUAAUUAUGAAACUCUAGAGUGCACCCCAUUUGUAAUCACCAGUUUCCUUGUAUUAUAUUCUAACAGUGGCAAUCUGACUCAUUUCUUUCUGUUACGAUUUACGUUUCAUUCAGUAUCAUAUAAUUGAAGAUGUUGUACCUAGAAAGUCUAUCAAUUAGUGUAAAUGAUCGGUCUGUUUUAAAUUUUCAGCUAAGUACAGAUCUGCAGGUUUAAGUACCUAAGUUUUAAAUCGGUACGAGUCACGUUCUUAUUGGCAUUAUUGCUUAUGGCUUAUUUAAUAUUGAUACUUAACGAAAAGCAGAUACAAUUUGAUUCUUGCUUAAAAUCGCAUUCAAUGACAGUAAUUGCGAUUGCUUUUGUAUCACUAAAGUACUUUACAGUGACACUUAUACAAAGACACUUAUUCCAAAUUUACAAUUAUUCAACAUAUAAAUUAUUCUAGGUCAAACGUCUUACAGCAUGUUCACACUUAGCUUAUUCUUUCAUACGCUCUGAUGCAAGCUUUUUAUCUUUUCGUUUUAUCAUUUUCAUAUUCAUAAUUUUGUGUAUAUGAAACGCCUGCAUUGGAUCGAAAAUUAAGUCCCUUUUAGAGUAGUUAGUAUUUAGAAGAUAUUAAUGUAUUACUUUUUUAUUAGUCUGUCGUGUGGCACGCGCUAAGAUAGAGAGUGGUACACCUGCAAAAAGUUUCACUAUCCCCGUAGGUGGCUUAAGAGACACAGCGUAGCGCAUAUUAGCGCAGUGAGUAGAUUUAUUGUUAAAAUGGUCCCAGUCGGUCUUGAGAAUUUGUCAGAUUUAUUUGGUCCAUGCACAAUUCUUGUCAUAUUCUCCAGUGUUAAUGAAUGUUCAGGUAAAAUGAGUCCUGCCGAAUGUAAAAUAAUUUCGGUAGUACACAGCUAUUAGAAAGCCUACUUAAAUAUUUGAAGUUUGUAAUAUAUCCAACCUAACAAAGAUUAUUGAAAUAAUUUUUUUUUCAAUGUACUUUGUAUAAAGUGUUUGUAGUUCUGAAAAUAUAAUUCAUAACAUUUAUAUUUA